CGUCAGAGUACUAAGUGCCAUGCACGGCUUCCAUGGCUAGCAGGUGCGGCCAUGAGUCCCUCUAGAAAACGUCGCAAAAGACUCCAUCAAUUUUGCGUCUUACCGGGAAAUUUCCUGAAAACGUGAAGCACAGCCAGAGGACUUCGUCUUGGUAAUUCGAGUGGUAUUCUCAUCAACUCACCACCAUGGAGAUACAAAAGGAUGAAGGAGAAAACUUGUACAAACAGAGGAAGUCGUUUGGUGCGAUCUUCAUGCAGUUGCUGUUCAGCCACUUUGGGUUAUUCGUCGUUGUUGCAUUUUAUGCAGUCCUCGGUGCAUAUGCCUUCGUGGAGAUCGAGCUGCCCUUCGAAGAGCGUCUCUACGAGAUAAAGAGAACGGAGGCAGUGGCGAUCAACAAUACCAUCAACUACAUGGCAAACCUCUUCUGGUAUUACCAAGACAAAAACUGGACCUACUCCGAAUUCAACCAAACCGUGUACAAAGACUUGAAGAGAAUGGAGGAGUUCGUCAUCAGGGCUGUCAAGACCACCCGUUACGAUGGGUCAGUGGAAGGGUGGAACUAUGCAUGGACCAUCCCAAACUCCCUUCUGUUUACCAUGACCAUCAUGUCAACAAUUGGUUACGGUCACAUUGCACCUAAAACAUCAUGGGGCAAGUUUUUCUGUAUGAUAUAUGCAAUGACUGGCUGUCCUCUCCUGCUCGUCUUUCUGGGAAAUCUGGGUAGUGCCAUGGCUGAAUCUUUCAUCUAUCUGUACAGUCGAUGUUUCUGCCGAACGUGUCGAAGCCGACGAAACCUGGAGGAGCUGCCUCCUAAUGCCAGCAAGAAACAACGCAAGCUACUGAUUGAUGACGUCGUUGGAAAGGAAGAGUAUAUGCCCACUGACAAGCUCAAUGUGCCAAUCACCCUGAACUUGGUCCUGCUGUUUAUCUACAUCAUGAUGGGGGCCGUCCUUUUCUCUUUUUGGGAGGACUGGGACCUCAACUCCGCCAGUUAUUUCACCUUUGUCACAAUCUCUACCAUCGGAUUUGGUGACAUGGUACCUGGAGCUGCUCUACUGGACAAGGCUAGUAUUGACGCUGCAUUCAAGAUGCUUGUCUGCAUUGUCUACAUUCUCCUAGGCAUGGCUCUACUGUCUAUGUGCAUCAACUUGAUGCAAGAACAACUGGUUGAUAAGUGGAAGUGGAUGGCAAAGGAAAUAGGACUGAGGAAAGAGAACAAUGUAGUAAAACAGAAGAAGGACACCGUCGUCAAAAAGCCUAAAGAAAAGAAAGAAAAGAAAGGAAAGAAAGAAAAGAAGGCAAAAGCUGCUGACGACAAGCCGCCUUCAGCACCACCCAAACCUCUUCCUCCUCCUUCCCCAAGACUAAGCAGAAACCCCAGUCCCCUUCCUCGAUCAGGUACCCCAGACACACUGCCCGGCAGCCUGGCUGAUUUAUAAAUAGGGACAAGGUCACAGGAAGAAGGAGACGCAAAUACCAUAAAUGGUGAUGAACAUCUAGAAGAAAAUUAAAUAUCAAUUCCUGCAGUCCCCUACUACAACACAUAUGUAAGAGAAUAAAAAAGUAAUGUUCCACCAUCUUGACAUCAAAUCUGUAAAAGAGUCGACGCAAAGAUGUCAUUCUGUGUAAAACGAAGAUAUUAACGAAUGAAGAAAAGAAACAAUGCUAACGCAGCUCCUAAAUUUAAAGUUCACAACAAAAAAUGAGAAGAAAUUGCCACCUAUAAUUCCUACUCAUUUAAAAUACACAUAUUUUUCUCCUACUACACUAAACACUUCUGUUAAUGAAUUUACCGGUAAAAGAAAUAUAUUUUCCUAGACAUGUGGCAUUUUCUAUUUAAAACUAUUGUUCUGUUACUUUUUACUCAUUAAUAAUGGCAGUUCAGUGUUUAUGUUAACUAGCAAAUUGAGAAUAAUAACAUCUAAGUAACUUGGCUUCAGUUACUAGUUAACAAGCGCUGAAACUGUUGAAUGAAAUAUUUCUGUUUGCUUUUAUUGAACAGUACAAACUGAAUACUAUGUUUUAACUGCAGGCACUUACAGAUGAUAUGCAGUUGUACAAUGUUUACUUACUAUUAACAAUUAUACAAAAAUACAUAUAUGUAUCACUACUGCAAGGAGCUGUAUCUAUGAAUGUGGAGGUAAGUAACUUGGCUUCAGUCUGUUAAGACCACAAUAUACCAUCUACAAAAUAUACAACUAAUUCAUGAUGUAGUGAAAUAUUAUAAGUAACUGAUACAGAAGAGACAAGAGAUGUACCUCACAACUGAUACUGCUUAGUCGUCUUUACAAUCAAAAAGCUGCACCAAAUUUAAUAGACAGUUGUGAUGGUCAGAUGCUCUAAAUUUAUUGAUAUAUUUUUUGUAAAUGGCGCAUAGAGAAAUGUUUAUGCUGAUAAAUGUUGCAUGCACUAAAGUAAAGUUUAUGCAGACAAUUUUCGCUCAUACGAAAGGUUAAUGAUGCAUAAUAUACUUUUCUGUAUGUAGUAUAAUACUAAAAUGUACCACUGAUUGAGUUUCCGCAAUAAAACUAGUCAUAUCAA